AUGAAACUUACAAAUUUGACAGAAGAGUUCCAGAAUUGUUCCACCGAUUGCAUUAAUUCAACCUCGGACGACCUCAAUCAUCAUGGACUUAUAUUCAGAAUUUCAGCUUGUGCACUGAUUAUAUUGAUAGCUUUGGCAGCGUUUUUUGGUAAUCUUGCUGUUGUAAUUGUUUCAUACAGGGAGGAAAAACUGCGUCAUCAGACUGGUAAUUUCCUUAUUGUCGUCCUAUCAAGCAUUGACGUCCUGACUUCAAUAUUUGUUAUAUUUCCUUCUGCUGCCACUAUGGCUGCGGAUUUCUGGCCUUUUGGCAUAAUUAAUUGCCGAGUAAGUGCUAUGUUCAAUUAUGUGUGUGCCUGUUCAUCAUCACAUGCUGCUUCAAUGAUAAGUUUUGACAGAGCAAUAGCCAUUUUCUAUCCUCUAAAAUACCAAGCUAUUAUGACUCCAAAAUUUAUGAUUGGCAUUGUUACCUGGUUAUUAAGUAAUAGUGUAUUUUUAUUGAUGCUUGUUGUGUUUUUUGUGUUAUGCACAGUCUCGUAUAAUUACAAUGAGGCUGUGUGUGCAGGUGAUUUUUCAGAUUACAGAAAUCGAUUUAACGUGUUAAUUGCAACUACUUCCUGCUUCAUUGUACCAGCUAUUAUAGUUAUUAUUUCCAAUGUAAUCAUCGUGAAACAAAUUAGAAACUCCUCUAAGGUGAGACCACGGCAAAUGAUAUCUCUUGAAUCUUCGGAAUUUAAUCAAAUUAUUAAAAGAAGAAAAGACAUGGAAAUGCGCAAAUCAGUAUAUAGUAUGAUGACUGUAAUUGCAGUUUUCUUUAUAUGCUACACUCCAUACGCUUUAACCAAGCAGGGAAAGGCUAUCACUGAUAUAGAUGCACCAGCCUGGUUGAAAUUCGUAGCUACAAUAAUGAUGUUUAUUUCCUCGGCCACAAAUCCAUUUAUUUACGGAAUUUUACGUAAAGAUUAUCGUGAUGGUUUUAAGAAAUUUGCCCGAUUAUUAAGGGAAAAAUUCUAUUAA